GCUGUGCAGUCACACUCGUGUCUCUGCCUGGGUUUAUUUCAGUCGGGGGACGGAGAGAGGGAGAAAUUAGGAGGAAGGAAUAAAGGCGGAUACCACCGGCGCACAUUCCCACCACCACCACCACCUCUCAGUGGCUCUCUGAUGCAGUUUUGAGGAGGACACCCCCUCCCUCCCUGCACCUGUUCUGCCUCGUCUUCUCGCCGUCUCGCAGGAGUUGUCGAGCCGCCUGAGAGCGAGCGGAGCGCACGUCGCCUUUCAUUGUUAGACAGACGGCGUUCGGAGCAUGACUUCUGCGUUCAACAUGGAUUUCCACCCCCUGACGGAGAGUCGGCUAAUGGCUUCGAGCGAUUCACUCAACGGCAGCAAGAUGAAUGGGUCGCUGGAGCAUUUGGACCAGCCAGACCCUGACUCCAUCAAGAUGUUUGUGGGACAGAUUCCACGCUCCUGGUCAGAAACGGAACUUAAAGAGCUUUUUGAGCCCUAUGGAGCUGUGCAUCAGAUCAACAUCCUCCGCGAUCGUACACAGAAUCCCCCUCAAAGCAAAGGAUGCUGUUUUGUAACUUUUUAUACAAGAAAGGCUGCACUGGAGGCCCAGAAUGCAAUGCACAACAUAAAGACCUUAAGUGGGAUGCAUCAUCCUAUCCAGAUGAAACCUGCAGACAGUGAGAAAACAAGUGCGGUAGAAGACAGAAAACUCUUCAUCGGAAUGGUUUCAAAGAAAUACGGCGAGAAUGAGAUCAGAAUGAUGUUCUCGUCUUUCGGCCAGAUUGAAGAGUGCCGAAUUCUCCGGGGACCAGAUGGUCAGAGCAGAGGCUGUGCGUUUGUCACAUUUGCUACCAGGGCAAUGGCACAGAAUGCAAUCAAAACCAUGCAUCACUCUCAGACUAUGGAGGGCUGUUCCUCACCUUUGGUAGCGAAGUUUGCCGACACACAGAGAGAUAAGGAGCAGAGGCGCCUGCAACAGCAGCUAGUACAGCAGAUUCAGCAGCUCAACAAUGCCUCCACCUGGGGAAACCUGGCUGGCCUGGGGACCCUCACACCACAGUACCUGGCUACUGCACUGGAUGGGAAUGCAGAAGCCAGUUUGUUUAACAGAUACAACCUUGUAGGCUGUAAUACUGUAAACUUAUUGCUCCAGCAGGCCACAUCUACCAGUAAUCAAAGCAGCUUCAAUGGUAUGCAGAGACUAGGAGCAGGUGUGAAUCCCCUUCAGCUGCAGAACUUGGCCACAUUAGCUGCUGCAGCGGCUGCAGCUCAGAGCUCUGGCAGCCCGAAUUCCAACGCCCUGUCUGCAAGCGCUGGAGCCCUGGGAGCUCUGGGCGGUCAAGUUUGUUCAUCAGCCUCCAGCGCUGGUGCUGCUAUGAGCACCUUGGCAUCGCUGGGCACCCUGCAGGGUCUCACUGGGACCUCUAUGGGCCUCAAUAGCCUUAACGCUCUCACCGGUGGCGUCAGUGGUAUGGCGGCCAUGAACGGCGGCCUGGGAGCCUCCAUGGCUAACGGGUCAGCAGCCAGCUCCAUGGACGCUCUGACCCAGGCCUACUCAGGGAUGCAGCAGUACACAGCCUCCGCUCUGCCCUCCCUCUACAGCCAGUCCCUCCUGCAGCAGAGUAUCGCUGGCAACCAGAAGGAAGUAGGGCCAGAGGGCGCCAACCUGUUCAUCUACCACCUGCCCCAGGAGUUUGGGGACCAGGAUCUUCUGCAGAUGUUCAUGCCUUUUGGAAACGUGGUCUCUGCCAAAGUCUUCAUCGACAAACAGACCAAUCUGAGCAAGUGCUUUGGGUUCGUCAGCUAUGACAAUCCAGUGUCUGCGCAGGCUGCCAUCCAGGCCAUGAAUGGUUUCCAGAUUGGAAUGAAGAGGCUGAAGGUUCAGCUGAAGCGCUCCAAGAACGACAGCAAACCCUACUGAUCCUAGCCCCGGGGCCUUACCCCCUUCCCAGCUCUAAUGCUAGCACUGCUAGGAACAAAUCUCCAUGCCUGUUUGCUCAUCAUUAGCCUAGCAUGUCUUCAUGAUGUUGAAAGCCAAGCCAAACUCCUGGCCUCAUCAUCCCACCAUUGUCUGUGAUGUCUCUCUAAGCUCGCCUGACCAAUACCUGGCCACCCACUGACCCUUGACCUUAGCUCAACCUGAUUUUGUUUUUUGUUUUUCCUGCAUGAAUAUUUUUUGUUUUUUUCUCUGUAUCGAAAUGUGAUAGAUGGGAGAGAGGUCAAGCUAAUCAAUGUGAAAACUUACCUACGUUUAAUUCAUUUAAGAGAACUUUUUUGUGUUUGCGAAUGUUUAAAAAAAACAAACCUGUGGGAUUCCUUAUUUUAAUUUAGCUUUUUUUCUCUUUGUUUUUUUUUAAGUUGCUUUCGUUUUACCUCUCAGUAAACUUCACUUGAAAGUUGAAUACAGGGAUUGGCACACAGCUGUGCUAUUCGGUGCCAUUAGCAAUAUGUUGGUUUAAAAAAAACUUCAGACAACUUUCCAACACUUUUAAAAGUCUGACCAGUAAAACCCCUCUCAGUGCUCUGUGAUGAUCUCUACAUUUUGCGAGCAGUGUGAAGAUUUACACCAAGGCUAUUUAAAAAUUUAUUCUUUUCAUUUACAAAAAAAUAUCCAGUGUAUUUACCUUUUUUCUUUUGAACUAUCGAUGGCACAAUAACAGGUACAUUUGCUCUGUUUAGAGAAAUGACUACCUACAUGAGUCAACUUUUUUAGAACUGAUUCACAAAUAGACAAUCUGUGGUUUAAAUGCACACUUAGAUUACCUAUAUUUUAUACCAUUGAAUCUAUAGAAGUUUAACUAACAGGACCCAGGCAAAACGUUGGGUUUUUUGUAGAUUAUGUUGUAAUGUCAUCUGUGUCAGGGGGUUCUUCAGUGUAUUACAUUUAUAAAGAGGACUAAAUCAGUUGUAAAAUCAGCGUGACCAUUUAAGGGUCAUUUCUAGAAAAUUAAAAACACUGAGUCAAUGAUUCCUCUGCAUUACUUGUAAUUUCAACUUCUUGGGGGUGGGGGGGAAGUACUUUUUUUUUUUUUUAAAUAGUCACAUUUUUGAGUAUGUAGGCAAUUUUCUUUUUUCUGCAUUUAAAGAAAACUUAAAAAGAAGUGUUAUUCUCCAUGGUACGUCUGGUUGACUUUCUGUGAAUUUCUCAUUAAUAAUUUAAUUAAUGGAUGUUUCAUUUUGGUUUAGUUCGGAUGCCUCAUGUUGAAAGAUGAUUUACAAUGUCUGUUAAUCACACAGAUGCCAGACAUGUGUUUUUUUUCUUUGUUUUGUUGUUAAAGUGCCCAUGUGUCAAAACUCAGUGUUUUUGAUUUCACACAUUUCUCUCAUGUAAUAUCUCCUGGUUCUCCUAACACGCACACAUGCACACUGCGACACACAAAAACACUUUCUGUCAUUGCUAACGUGGGAGCCCCUGAAGGAAGAGAUCACCCGGACACAACAUGCGACCUGUGGGUCUCUGCACAUUUAUUUAGACACACACACACACUUGCUUUUAUUUUAGUUUUUUGCUGAUUAUUCUUUUUAUGUGACUUCCAGUGUAAUGUUUGAGUCGUACACCGCAGUAUGCACAGCACAUUAACCACUAAACCACUAAAUCGACCACAAAAGUGUUGGUUUACAAAUACAUUCCAUUUUUUUCAACACAAAGUUUACAAUUUUUUUUAUCGGGGUGGUAUUUUGUCUCUUGCACCACCAUUCUGGUAAAAUAACAACCACUUCAGCCCCUAAGGGAAGGGUUCCCUAAAACUGCGUACCUGAUGGCGCUUAAGAGUUGUCAACUCAGGGGUUUUUGUGUGUGUGUGGGUGAAACUAAGACACACAGGAUUUUACGACACAAUGCACAAUUGUCACGUUUGUCCUUGUUUCAGUUUGGAUUUUUUUUUUCUCUCAAAAUACAUAAAUGUUCCAAAAAAAGUAAUAGAAAGGUACCAAAUUUUAAACAGUGCUUGAGGAAAGUGUAGUUUUGUAAGGGAACGUUAAAGCACAAUUUGUGGGAGCUAAAUCACUUUUUGCAGAAUGUUGUGUGUGAUUAUAAUCCCAAAAAUGUCACGGUACCACUGAUUUCACUUUUGAAUAAUGGGCAUGUGCUUUUUACAGUGUUUUUUCUAUCCAAAUGCAAUACAAUAUUCAAAGUGCCAUAUAUACGUCUAUAGAAACUGCCUACACAUCCUUAUUAGGCCUUGGUUUAGAGAUUGCUGCAGUUUGCCGUUUUUUCUUGUCUAUUUAUGCCAGUGUCAUUAAAGCUCUUGUCACCUGCUCAUGUUCCCCCCUCGCCUCCCACUCCUCCCCCACUCUGUGUUGAGUUACUGGUUAAUGUGUAUUGUGAUGUACUUCAAUUUGAACAGUUGGUUUGAAAAACUUGUAGAUAAAACAAUAAACUUCCCUAUACAUUUGAAGGUCGAGUGUGAACACAUGUAUUUUGAGAAACUCAACGAUCAGACAUUUUCUUUUUGGGGGGGGUGGUCAUAGACGAUGACUUUGGGAUCCAUUUCUAACAUCUUAUAGUGAUUUAAAGUCGUGUAGAAAACGAAUGCAGGUCUUUAGGGACAUUCAGUGUAUGUUAAAGUGUUCCUGUGAAUGAAUAUAUAUAUUUAAAAAAGCACAAUGUACAGUCCACAGUGGUCCCGACAAGAACUUGACUCACUUCAGGGGCUUCCAUCACAAAUCCCGUUCGAGCUCUAACAAUCACUUAUUUCUUUUGUUUUCAUAUUCUCAAGUGCUACUUUUAUUUUCUUCUUUUGACUUUGUGGUAGCUUUGCAUCACUAGAUAUUGUCCUGAUCCAAAAGAAGAGAGAGAAAUAUCUUUUUCCUGUUAUUUUCUUGUCUGGUAAUCGGUAAGACUUUGUUCAUGUUCCACCAAUAAUUUAAUGGAUGUUUUUUCUUGUCUUGAUGAAAGCCAAAGUGGGUGCAUCUUGAUGUGAUCUGUAUCAUACACACAGUAGUUAUUCUUUUUUUCUGUUUGGUCAAUAUCAAUUUUUUGAAACUGGGGGGGGGAUUUGAAAAAGAUAAAAAAUAAAAGACCUACACAGGCUUUCCAAUUUCUACAACUGGUUGUUCAUAUGUAUUUUGUACCAGUGAAGCUUUUUAUAUUGGAAAUUAAAGGAUAAAAAAAUCUAUAUUGGGGAAAAAAAAGUAGUCUGGCCUAUCUAUGUGGCCUCGUCUUGACCAUAUCUCGAGUUCGGGCUCUUGGUGGCGUCAAGCAAUUUUUGUUUUGUUUUUUUGUCUCUAAAAAUAUAAAGAUGCCUGAUUUUUGGUUUGACUUGGAUCUCCACGUGUUCCUCACACUUCAUUGAUCAGUUUUUUCGGUGGUGGGGGGCUGGGAUCCAAUAAAUCGUGGUAAGUUUCCUGUUAGUAUUUGUGCUGUCCACAUAGUUUAAUGGUCAUCGGGAUUUCGACAACUUGUGUGGAUAAUUGUCUUAGUUGAAGAGUUAACUAUCUGUUUAGUUUGGAGCCUUGCUUUUUACCUGUGUAGAGAUUUGUUUUGUUUUUUCCCCAUAGAGGUGUGUAGCAGAAAGACUGUGUUCUUUUUUUGGUCAAUGUUUGUUCACGUGUGGUGUGUUUCUUUGCCUCUGUCUCCAAAUUAAACCAUUUCCCCUAA